GGAUCGCCGAGAUUAAAUUGACUUUUGGUCUUUUCCUUCUCCACUACGUUGCUACUACUUGCUUCUCCAUAAACUUCUUUCUUUGGACUUUGGUUGAAGAAGAAAAGAAUAGAACUGAGACUGAAAGUGAAACAAUGGGUUGGAUAGAAGCAAUUUACACUCUUUUAACCAAAUCAUUCACCGUCCUUUCCUGGCCUCCAGUUAGUUUUCUUUGUCCAUUGUUGGUUUCUGUUCGGGCAAUGGAGAGUGAUUCCAGGUCCAGCAACCAGCGAUGCCUUGCUUUUUGGGUUCUGUUUUCCUUGUGUAUGAUCGUGGAAGGGGAACUUUCAGUGUUAUUUAACUGCCUCCCAUGGUGGCCUCAUGUGAAAUCCAUAGCAACUAUCUUGCUGUUGAUACCUUAUGUUGGUGCAGCACCAUAUGUCUAUAAAUUCUUAACCAGACACUACUGUACUUGGAGCCUAUUUACAAGGACAUCAAACAUCUACAGUGAGAAGAGCACACAUUUGGAAUCAGAUGAGGAUAGUAAACUUGUUGAUGUCUCUGACCAGAAAACAAGUCAAAUACAAGAAAAGAAACUUGAAGCAUAUCAAAUAUUGGUUUCAAGUUUUUACCGCAGUAUUUUUAUGCCUUUACAGCAAAUUACUGUCAACUUCAGUGAGAAGAGCAGACAUUUGGAAUCAGAUGAGGAUAGUAAACUUUUUGACGUCUCUGACCAGACAAUUACAACAAGUCAAAUAGAAGAAAAGAAACUUGAAGCAUAUCAGGAGACAGAUGAUACCACCGGUUGUGGCAAGACAGAAAGCAGUUACACAAGUCUAACUAGUAAAAAUCUAAUCCAGAAGGAAUGGAGCUGUGCAUUAUGUCAGAUUAGUACAACCAAUGAAAAUUUCUUAAGGGCACAUCUUAAAGGGAGGAAACACAAGAUGGUGUGAAUGGUUCUACUAACGAAUCUCAACCAAAUUGCAAACAUUCUCGAUCCAGUUUCCAGAUCCAUAAGAUGGUGUGAAUGGACAAAGCCAGAGUUUGGAUGGACAAAAUUAAACACUGAUGGUUCUAUUCAUAGUAACACUGCUAGUUUUGGUGGGCUGCUUCGUGAUUACAGGGGUGAACCAAUAUGUGCUUUUGUCUCUAAAGCUCCUCAAGGAGACAUUUUCUUGGCUGAGCUGUGGGCCAUGUGGAGAGGCCUUGUUCUUUCCUUGGGUCUAGGGAUUAAAGCAAUAUGGGUGGAAUCAGACUCCAUGAGUGUUGUGAAGACGGUUAAUAGAAAGCAAUUUUGUCCAAAAGCUGUUGGCUAUUUGAAGCAAAUAUGGAAACUGUUAAAGAAGUUUGAUAAAUAUCAAAUUUCUCACACAUGGCGUCAAACUAAUAGAGCAGCAGAUCAUCUUGCUAAGAUGGAUCUUUUGGCAAAUGAUGUGGUUUUGUGGCCAGUUGAUUUUCCACCUAGCCUUUGCAGUAUCAUUAAAGAUGAUGCCAAAGGAACGAAAUAUCUUAGACGAUGAUAUCUAACUCUCAAGGUUAGUUUCAGAUUGCCAUCUGAAUAGGAUGAGGAGGAAGUGGUAAGUAUAUAUAAAGAAAAAAUUAGAAAGCUCUGAGUAGAAUCUUAUGCUGUAACUUCCAUUUGGAAGUGAGGUUACAUCACUGUUUUAGACUCCACAAAAUUCAAGAUGUAUAGAGUUGCUGCUACCAGCAAGUGACGUUAUUUACGUUGUAGAUAGCAUACAUAGACUUAUACUGUUGUUAUGAUCCCACAUUGUCCGAGUUUAUGGCAAAAUUAUCCUUAUAAGCUA